AUGUCGCUCGUUAAUGAGGUCCCUGCUAAUCCCCAGGUGGAGAAGAACCCCUACAAUGAAUCGGCUGUGGUACAUGACGAUGUCAACCUGCUCGGUAAAGGUAGCCCCGGUGUUCGUCGCAUCGAGGUGAUCACAUCUCAUUUCCGAAUGGUUGAUCGUGUCUGUCUCUUUCUUGCUAUCUUCCUGAUCGCCUAUGUUUACGGUUUGGAUGGAACGGUUCGCUAUACAUACCAGCCGUAUGCCACUCAGAGCUAUGGUCAACACAGUUUGCUUGCCACCAUAAAUGUCCUACGAGCCGUCAUUGCUGCGGCCGCCCAGCCGACCGCGGCCAAGAUUGCAGAUGUCUUCGGCAGAGCGGAGCUUAUCGUCGUGUCGAUCGUUUUCUAUACUGUGGGCACUGUUGUUGAAACUUGUGCGAAGAACGUGUCAGCUUUCGCCGCAGGCGCUGUGAUCUAUCAGAUUGGUUACACCAGCAUCAUGCUUCUGGUCGAAGUCUUGAUUGCCGAUAUCACAUCCUCUAGGUCCCGUCUGCUCUUCUCAUACAUUCCCGCCCUCCCCUUCAUCAUCAACACCUGGAUUAGUGGUAACUUGACCGAGUCCGUUCUCAAGGUGACAACAUGGCAAUGGGGAAUCGGGAUGUUUGCUAUUAUUUACCCUAUUUGCGCUCUUCCUCUGAUCGCCGUCCUCUUCACCGUCCAGCGACGCUCAAAGAAGGCCGGGUCGCUUGAAUCGUAUAAGAGCUCUCUUGAACUCUUGGGAGGAAAACAAAUGGCGGUAGAGCUUUUUUGGCACUUGGACGUUGUCGGUAUUGUUUUGCUGAUUGCCAUGCUGGCUUGCAUCCUUGUUCCAUUCACUCUUGCGGGAGGUGUGACUGCGCAGUGGAAGACUGCAAAAGUCAUUGCGCCGCUUGUUAUUGGUUUCCUGUUGAUUCCAGUUUGGGUUUAUUGGGAAAAGACCUGCAAGCAUCCAAUGGUACCCUUCAAACUUCUCCAAGAUCGUGCUGUUUGGGGUGCUCUUGGAAUUCCUAUUCUGCUCAACACUGCGUGGUAUCUCCAAGGAGAUUUCCUCUACACAGUGCUCUACGUCAGUUUUGAUGAAUCGAUUCUCAGCGCGACCCGUAUUACAUCUCUUUACAGCUUUGUGUCGGUCAUCACGGGUGUAAUUCUCGGUUUCAUCGUCAUGAGAGUUCGCCAGUUGAAGCCUUUUAUUGUUGCUGGAACAGUGCUUUUCAUGGUUGCGUUCGGCAUCCUGAUUUACUACCGAGGUGGUGCUUCAAGCUCGAGCCACUCUGGUGUCAUUGGUGCACAGGUUUUGCUCGGUAUUGCUGGUGGAAUGUUCCCCUAUCCAGCGCAAGCAAGUAUUCAAGUUGCCUCCAAGCACGAACAUCUUGCUGUUAUUACCGGACUCUAUCUUGCCGCAUACAACAUCGGCAGUGCACUUGGUAACACAAUCUCGGGCGCAAUCUGGAACCAAGUCCUGCCUGGUGAACUCAGCCACAGGCUCGGCAAUGACACCCUGGCCGCAUAUGUCUACGCUCAGCCCCUUGCAUUUGCAGCCUCAACCCCUGUUGGCACACCUGAUCGAGACAAUGUUAUUCUCGCCUACCAACAUACCCAGCGCUUGCUGUGUAUCACUGGAAUUUGCAUCACGGUGCCUUUGAUUGCUUUCGCUCUGGUCAUUCGUAACCCGACACUUACCAAGGAGCAGACUUUGGCCAAGGCGGAAGCUGAAAGCAGUGUCUCUGAGUACUCUGCUUAG